AUCCAAACCUCACAGCAGAGCGAGCUUCCUGAUGAAGUAAACACCACAUGCAUCAUGAGUUUCUUUGGGAAGCUGAAACCAUCUAUACUACACAGCGGCCCACCCGCCCCACCAAGGAGAACAGAUAACAGUGCUGAAUACGGCUGGCCAGAAGAGGAAUUUGAUGAUGAAGAUACAUAUGAAGCCCCACCAUGUGAACGUCCCACCAUUAAGGUGCAACCUCACCAAGUUGAGGAAAACGUUUACUUGGGUUACCAAGACAGAACACCAAACCCUGUUGUUCCCAAAAGACAAGCAGCACCACCACCACGACCAGCCAAGAUCCCCCCAAAACCAGAUCUGUCACAUGACCCCGAGGAGUUUUACAUCGACCCCAAUGAUGGCAAACCGCCUGAGGUCAUACGCAAAGAUAAACCUGGUAAGAAAGCGCCACCUAAGAGACCCCCGAUGAGACCACCACUGGUCCCUCAACAUGAUGAAGAUGUUUACUUGGAUCCAAAUGAAGGGCAGGAGGAUGACACGUAUCUGGAACCUGUAGCAGAUUGCUCUCCUCCCCCUCGAAGUCCUGCCCGUAUGCCAGUCCUCGAGAAAAGAGGACGAGACCCCCCACCUCCAAUAAUGAAGCCACCUGUUCCUCGAGCCAAAUCUAGUUCAUUUCUGAAUGAUGACAGCUUGAACAAAGUUUUACCACUGGAGGUCAAACGCUCAACACUCUCUGGCCAGUUGCCUCCACUGGUACCUGCCAACAAACCAGUUCUACCCAUCAUCAUGCCCAAAGAACCCAAACCCAGUCCUCCACUGCCUCCAUCUAUGGACAGUUCAGCGCCCUCUUUUGGAAUAAAGUCUGUCACACAAGCUUUUGCCCAGGAGGCGGGGCUUCAGGACAGAGAGUGGUUUGCUGGAAUCUGUGAUCGCAAGACUGCAGAGGAAACUGUGCUCAGGUUUAACAAGGACGGCACAUUUCUGGUGAGAUGCAGUAAUUCUCAGAGCGGCCAUCAGCCAUACACGCUGGUCGUGCUCUUCCAUCAGAGUGUUUAUAACAUCCCUGUACGCUUCCUGGACAACUCGCAUCACUACGCUCUGGGCAAAGAGGGCAAGAAGACCGAAGAGCUGUUUGUCAGUUUGCAGGAGAUGAUCUCUCACCAUAUGAAGAACCCCAUUUUACUGAUCGACCGUAAGAGUCAAGACAAACACACCACCUACCUCUCACACCCCGUCCGACCCUAAAAUACAUCUCUCUCUCUCUUUCUCUUGUAUCAGUCUCUCCAGCCUGAUCUUUACACUGAUAUAUAUGCUUCAGAAACACUCAUUCACUGUUUAAAUUAUUUAUUAGAUUAGGUUUGUAAUGUCUACAGAAGUUAAUAGUGUGCCUUGUGUUAAUACAUUUCAUGUUUGAAUUCAGUGACUGUGCAGUAGCUUCAUUAGCUUCAGUAAAAUCGGCCAUAACAUCAUUUUUACUUGACGACUUAGGGUUUUAGUGUGUGUUUGAAUAAAGUCAGCUGUUACACAAGACUUACUGACCAAUGUUUUUCUUUUUAACUACUUGACUAUUAUUACUGUCUAAUGCAGGGUUUUUUUUUUGUUGAAGUUUUUAAUGUCAAGGAUCCCAAAAUAUGACGAUCCCCUUGCAAGGGAACCCUUUCCAAAAUAUAAAGCUAUAGACUUUAUACAGGAAAUAGUUUACACAGUGUGAGAGUAAAAUAUUAAGCGUGAUAUUAUUUAGACAACAUGUUGUUUGCAAUAUUAACUAAUUGUAUUUCGAAUUGUACUAUGCUAACAUAAUUUAUUUAAAUAUAUUUAGCCUACUUAUUAAUUUUUUUCUACUCACUAUUAGAGUAAAAUAACAAUAACAAUAAAAUAAAACUGAACAAAGAUGUUUUCAAUUCAACUGAAAUGUAUUAAUAGUCUUUAGAAAGCAGAAAGAAACAGUCAGAUUCAGCAAAUGUUUACUAUAUAUAAAAAUAAGGGCAUAACAACAGUUUGUAGUAAGAGAUAAAAUAUACAUGAAAUAUGCCUGAUGCUGUAUUACUGUCAUUAUUAUCUUUGAAGCAAUUAUAUAAAACAAUAAAAUGCAAAUACUUGAUGAGUCUUUGAUUAAUAAAUACUAUGUUAAUAUGUAUUUACUUAAUACAUAUGUACUUAAUAUUUUAAGUUAAAAGUUAUUCCAUAUGCCUCCCUAUACAGAGAUAUAUGGCCAUGAACAGAUAUAGGCCUAUAAAACUAUAGUUAUAUACAUAUUAAAAUUCCACUAACCGAUAUAGCUACAUGAACAUGAUAUAUGUGUUUACAUACAGUAUAUUGCGAUGUGUCAGAUGUUUGAAUGAGUUUAAUCUGAAAACCAUGUAAACAUAAAAUGGAAUCGAAAUAUUAAUUUACAAUGGACUUAUGCUAUAGUACUUCGAUAUAUACCAUGGUACUGACAUA